UAAAAACGAACCUCUCUGGAUGAUGGAACAGCGGUCAAAAAAAAACCAUGGAAGCUCUUUACCUCCUCCUCUCUAUCGUGUCAACAUUCUUCAUUUCCUCUGCUCUCUCUAUCCUGCUCCUUCUUCGCACUCUCCUCACGCGCCUCCACUUCAUCUAUUCCACCCCUCCCCCUUCCGCCGGUUCUGCCGCUCACUCUCAUUCUAUCUAUGAAGGCACUGUCUGGCAUGAGCGCCGCCAUCCCGUCCGCCACUCAUUUCGCUACUCUGUUCGUUAUGCACUUUUUGACCUAGACAACUCGUCCAAAUCGCCACCUGGCCACCUCUCCGCCGACGAGGCUCGCCAAAAAACGGAAACCACUGGACCAGUUUUUCUCCUGACAAUACCUCCCAGCGUGGGAUAUGAUCAAAAUCCUUUGAGUGUGUAUUAUUGCUAUGACCUUGAAGGCUCUAUUCAGCAUUUGAAGAAAUGCAUUGCUGAGGUAACAAAUACACCAUGGGGUGAAAGAGUCAUAUUUGUUUUCGAUCCAAACUCAGAUUUAGUGGCAAAACCAUUGCAUGUCAGCCCUUUUAUGGAUAUGUUGGGGGAUUGGAGAAUCAGAGCAAAUUCUCCUGGUGACGGCUUAUCUGUGUCCAUUUCAGUUCAACACCCUGAGCUCGGUGACUAUUUUGUGGCUACUUUGAAAGCUAAAAGAAUCUCCCUGUUCUUGGGUAGUGAUCAUGAUUUGUUCUUCUGGUUGAUGCCUCAUAAAGUUGCAUUUUGGAUAUAUUGGCAUGCCCUUAAACUGUGGUGGAAAAAUGUGCCAUAUAUCCAACACCCAAGGUAUAGUAGCCCUAAAUAUAGGGAGGAAGCAAUGGCACGUGAUCAAAAGCUUCAAUGCAGUCAAGCACCUGUCAGGGACAAGGAUAAAUAUUUGCCCCAUGAUGGAUUUUGUCCAGGAAAUUUCUCUGAUGGGAAUUAUAUAGAACGCCAGUUUAAGUGGAGAGAUGCCAAAUGGCCUUGGGGUUGAACUCUGAGGGGAAGCUUUUCAUUGAGCUGUAUUUAAUGCAACUGAAUGUUUCUUAAUGUCCUCUGUGUCAACAUGUUAUGUUUAUCUACCUAAUGGUUUUAUCAAUAAGAAAUGCAGCUAUAACUAGAUUUGCCCUCUCCUACGUAGCAGGAAUUAUGGUUGAAGUCAUAUUAGUUUUGCACUAAUUAAUGGAACUCGAUGUUGGUUGUAUUGAAACGAUGUUGUUUGUAUUGAAGAAAUAAAAGUUCCAACAUUGCUAA